AUGAAAUUACAUAAACAGAAACGUCUUAAUUUUGUCAAACGUUAUAAAGAUUGGACAUUAGAAGAUUGGUCAGAUGAAUCUAAAAUUAAUAGAGUUGGUUCAGAGAGAAGAUGGAUAUGGACUACAUCGAUGAAGUCUAUAACUGAGCGAGAAAUACAAAUAAUAUUGAAAUUUGGUAGUGGUAGUCUUAUGGUCUGGGCUUUAUUACCUAUUCUGGGCCUUCUAUACCUAAUGAAAUGGAUAGAAUAUUUAAUUGGAAACAAAUUGUCAUCAAUUGCUGAUUUUACUUUUUUAAGGAAUAAUUACAUUAAAUUAUUAGUAAUUUCAUUCAACAAAAUACAAUAUUUGGAUAAUGGAUCGUUUAUAGGAUUAAGAAAUCUUAGAGAAUUGGAUUUACGUAAUUGUGAACUUAAAUCUCUAAAUUCGGAAACAUUCAAGCCUCUAAAAAUGUUGGAAAGUUUAUUAUUAGAUGGUAAUCAACUAGAAGAGUUCGAGCAAGGAAUUUUUAAAUAUUUAUCGAAGUUAAAAUUAUUAUCUCUGAGAAGAAAUCGAAUAAAAUAUAUUAAAGAGGAAAUUUUCUAUGGUCUUCAUUCUCUUAAAGCAUUAUCUUUAAGUUGGAAUGAAUUAUCUCAAUUAGAUGAAGAUAGUUUUGGAAAUAUUUCGUCAUUAAUUAAUUUAGAUUUGGAAAACAAUAAUUUGAUAAGUAUAAAACGGAAUACUUUCAGUCAACUCAUCAAUUUGCAAACAUUGAAUUUAAAGAAAAAUAAACUGAAGGAUCUUCAUUCUGAUACGUUUAUUCCAUUAACUUCAUUGACACACAUAUAUUUUCAAGAUUUCAGAAUGUGUUCUUACGCCCUUCAUAUCAGAGUCUGUGAGCCAAGAGGAGAUGGAAUAAGUAGUGUUACACACUUACUGGAUAGUCUAAUAUUGAGAAUAAGUGUAUGGAUAGUUGCAUUUUUGGCAUGUUUAGGCAAUUUACUCGUUCUUGUAGGAAGACAUUUAGUUAAAGAAACGAAUGAAGUCCAUUCCAUAUAUAUAAAGAAUUUAGCAGUAGCAGAUUUUCUUAUGGGAAUUUAUUUAUUUAUGAUAGCGGGUCAUGAUAUGGCAUUUAGAGGCGAUUAUGUCAAUCACGACAAACAUUGGAGACAUAGUUGGAAAUGUAAUUUUUGUGGAAUUUUGAGCACUUUAAGUAGUGAAGCUUCUGUGUUUAUGUUGACUGUAAUUACUAUUGAUCGUUAUCUGUCCAUAUUAUAUCCAUUAAGUCUUAAAAGAAGAACUGUAAAAUUUUCAUUCAUUUGUAGUAGCAUUAUUUGGAUUGUAGCUUCUAUCAUUUCUAUUUUACCUAUAUUUGAUUUAGGUUAUUUUGGCAACGAGUUUUAUGGUAAUAAUGGAGUUUGUUUACCUUUACAUAUACACGAUCCUUUUGCUGCGGCUUGGGAGUAUUCAUUAUUUGUAUUUUGCGGUAUAAAUACUUUGGCAUUUUUAUUUAUUUUAUUCUCAUAUGUGAGAAUGUUUGCUGCUAUCCAAAGAUCAAGCAUGGGCGUGAGAUCGUCACAACAACAAUAUGAGAGAACAAUUGCAAAGAGAUUUGCUUUCAUAGUUGGCACCGACAUGAUUUGUUGGGUACCUGUGAUAUUCAUUAAAUUUUUAGCUGUUGGAGGAAUACAGAUAAAUGAAGAAUUAUAUGCUUGGGUUGCAGUGUUUUUACUUCCUAUAAAUUCUGCAUUAAAUCCUGUUCUGUAUACGCUUACAACUAAAUUAUUUAAACAACACAUUGCAAAAUUUGUUAUUAAUUGGAGACCUUCACCUUCAUUAUCAGUAGCAACAGAUACAUCAGCUAUUUCUCUUUCUUCUAUAUUAAAUGUUAAAGCUCAUAAAGUUUCUAUUAAAAGAACACCACAUGAAGUUGAUUCCAGUGUACGACAAUCUUCGUUGUUAUCUUCUAACAGUAGAAUUCCAGUUCGUAACAGUUGGUACUCACCACAGCGAGUUCAUUAUCAAAGAAAUAAUUAUUUUUAA